CGGUGUACGGCUGAAUUGUGUCAGUGUGUGUGACUGUGACUGUGACAUCCAAGUUUUUUGACCGGUGUGAGUGAAUUUUGAUAUUUACAGUAUUGAUUUUAUUAUUAUAUAUUAAAAAAACUAGAUUUUCAUCAAAAUGGUAAGAGGCGGACGUGGUGGAAUGAUAAGAGGUGGACGAGGAGGAAUGGGUCGUGGAAUGGGUUUCCCAAGGAAACAAUUUUUACCCCGUCAUCCAUUUGAUCUUACUCUUUGUGAAGCGGCAUUUAAUCGUGUCAAACCUGCUCCAGAUGAAGCCGAUUUUACCUCGGCUCUUCUUAAAAAAUCGACCGAUAUGAGCCCUACGCAAAAAGAGCAGACAUCGAUUUUAAAUCUCGUCACCAAGUUGCAGAGCGUUUUAGAUAACUUGAUUGUUGCACCUGGCAAUUUUGAAGCUUGUCAAUUAGAGGAAGUGCGACAAGUCGGAAGUUUCAAAAUGGGAACAAUGAUUAAAGGACACAAUAUCGCCGAUAUUGUUGUUAUUUUAAAAACUCUGCCAACAAAAACAGCAGUCGAAGCUCUUGGAACUAAAGUUCAGGUCGAUCUUAAAACUGGAAAUCCCAAGGAAAAUUUCCGACUAACCCAAACCGAAAGGGGUUUUGAUAUUGCAACAAACGAAGCAACUGUUCGAGUGCUAAUUACAACUCUUCACCAAAACUUGAGAAAAUUAGAGUCUGAUCAGCAUCUUGAUAUUAAAAUUUGCCAAGGUCAUUUGGCAGCUAUCAGGCAUUCUCGUUGGUUCGAGGAAAAUGCUCAUCAUUCAAGCAUUAAAGUUUUAAUUCGUUUGCUGAGAGAUUUGCGAUCUCGAUUCGAAGGUUUAGAACCUCUUUCACCGUGGAUGUUGAAUUUAUUAGCCCAUAAUGCUAUCAUGAAUAAUCCAAGCAGACAAGCAUUGCCAAUUAAUCAGGCUUAUCGUCGGGUUCUUCAACUCCUUGCAUCUGGCCUCUUUUUGCCAGGUUCCGCAGGAAUUUCUGAUCCCUGUGAGGGAGGAAACAUUCGAGUUCACACGGCAUUGUCCCUCGAGCAACAGGAUCUCGUUUGUUUGACAGCUCAAACUCUUCUUCGUGUUCUUGCUCACGGUGGCUAUCGACCAUUACUUGAAGGAACAAAUAAAUUAGCCGUCGAGAUGAGUGUUUGGGCCGGUGGCGUUGUGGCGAGUCCUCUCGAGAAAGCCUACGAACCACCAACCGAACAGGAACAGCAAGAGGAUAUGGAGGAGGCCAAUGAGGAAAUGAUCACUGGAUAAGACAAUUUUAUUCACAUAACCAUGCAAUGUUCCUUGAAUUUCUGAAUUUGAGAAAUAAAAUUUUCAAUUUUACUCAUAAUAAAAUGUUCAGAAUUUCAA